CAGACAACCUGUCCAGGUGGUACAACUAUCCGAGUCCCCAGUUCUGAGCCUGGUUCCCUUCCAGUCAGAGUUCCUGGCAUCACUCGGAGAUGGGACCAGCUUCCUCCCAGGGGUUGAGGAGACGGUACCGGUGAUGCUGACAGGUCCGGACUGCGACCCGAUGUACCGCGUGGCCGGCUGUGGGAACUGUGUUUACACCGCGUGCAGAGAUGGGGUCGUGAGGAGAUAUGUGCUGUAGAGUGUAGCGUUAGUGCCAUGGCUGACCAGUUGAAUGAGAUGACCGGUACGUGUGACCGCUGCCCUCCAAAGUCCCUCUCUCCGGAAAAGAGCAUCCUCUACAAUCUCCUCAUCACCCCAGCCACAUCGGACAUCCCUCCCAGUAUACCCCACGCCCCGCCUAAUAAUAACCCAGUUGACGACCCAGGCAUGGACCCAUGCUGCGACCACGGCCUGCUUUGUUCGUGCGGAUGUUGCUCGCACGUUUCUCCGACCGCUGUCACACUCAGGAACCCCAGCUUCGCACACCAGCAGGCCUGCCAGGUUUUACUCAGAACUCUCACUUUCGUCAAGAACCUCCCGACCUUUGGCGACCUUUGCCCCCAUGACCGCGCCCUGCUGCUGACCUCUGGCUGGUCUGACCUCUUCACGGUGGGGCUGGCCCAGAGCAGGGUGCAGUUCAAUACCGAGCCAGCAGGGGGUGACAGGGCGCAGUUCAACUCCGAGCCGACAGGGUACGACAGGGUGCAGUUCAACACCGAGCCGACAAGAGGCAACAGGGUGCAAUUCCACACCGAGCCGACAGGGGGCGACAGGGUCUCCCGCUGCGAGAGCCAGAUCUUCGUGAGGCUGCGGGCGUCGGUUGACGGCGUUCCCACGGAGAUGGAGGUUGCUAAGAUACAGAAUUUUGUGGAGCGUUGCCAGGUGCUGGACCUGGACAUGAAGGAGCACAGCUACCUGAUGGCUGCUCUACUCUUUAAUCCAGAUGUUCCAGGCCUGGUAGAUGGGAGACAAGUGGAGAUCCUACAAAACAGUGCCCACCAGUCCCUGAACGAGUACACCACUGCCAGAUACCCGCUCCAGCCCCUGCGCUUCGCUCGCAUUCUACUGGGCCUCCCCGCGCUACGCAGUAUCAAACCCAAGAUCGUCACCGAACUGUUCUUCCGACCUCUGAUCGGCGCCAUCGACAUGGAGGUCAUCCUGACGGACAUGCUGCUGAAGGGCUGCUGAUUGGCUCGCCGCGUCUGGUGCAUGCUGGGAUGUACGCCACACCGUUUAUAUAGCAGCUUCUAGAUAUAAACACAAACCUCUGUAUUACAUGACCUAAUACCAGACAGUUUCUUGGUUUCUGGACAAUGUGAUUUUUGGUUGUAACAGAAACGGAU